AAAUCACGUGCAAAUUGAAAAAUCUACACUAAGAAAAAAUGGCCACUGAGUGUGCAUGUGUGCCUAUCGAGGUAGCUUAUUCCGUCCCUAUUAAAGUGUCUGUAGAGAUAGCGAAGACUUAUUAAGGCUAGUAUGAAGACUGGGAGGCGAUCGGACUCAGAGAGUCUAAGAAGGGAGGCUAGGGACAGAGAUAUGAGUCGUCUUCAUCGUAAGCGUCCAUCAAUGCUCUCAGAGUUUCAUGGCAAACACAACAGCCAUCGUGAGCAGGACAGAGAUGCUGACUCCGCCCACUUUCGUUCCUACAACCGUUACGCUCACGAUCCCCUCGAAUACGGUAGUCGCUUUCCCCCCUCGUCUGGGGGGAUGCAUCCCAAACUGAAACCCGACCCCCGUAGUAAACGUCUCUACUCUCCAAUGGCGAAUCACCAUAGCAACUACAGGGCACCCUAUCAUCAAAUGUCUUAUUCUCGUAUAGACAGUUUUAAUGAAGGUUCUAUAGACGAGGAGAUUCGUGCUAAACGGCCGUGUCUGAGUGUGGACGUGUCAAGACGAGCCACUGACCCCCCCAAUAGUGCCGACUCUGUUGCUAGUAGCAACCACGUGGGGGGUAGCCCACCCACUGUCACAAAGGGUGGUGGUCUGAGUGCCUACCACCUGGAGGAUAUAGACAGUGACGAUGAGGAAGCUCUGCUCAAAGCUGACGAACCCAAACCCUCAGACAUGGACGUGGGGAGACAGUCUGAGCAACCAACCAUCAAACCCAGCAAGGAGGAGCUCCUUCAAAUGAUGGAGAAAGUGGACAGAGACAUCUCAGCCCUGGAGAACCAAAUAGUCUCCCUGCAGAAGAAACAGGCUGAGCUCGAGGUGGGAGGUAAACUGUCCCCCCCUUCCCCGGUCACCCCCUCGCCAAAGACCCCUUCCCCCGAUGUCAGCUCCCCCUCAGAGGAGAGCCCUGUUUUGCCCACCACUCCUGACCAACAACGACAGCCAGUGUCCAAGAUGAGCCUCAUAGAGACUAUAUACUCUGAGAACAAGAGCAAGGCAUGUGCUGCACAAGGUCUCCUUCAAGCACUGGGUACACACAUACCCACACAGCAUGGAACGCCACUGUAUUUCCAGCCAUCAGAGGCUCCAUUCUACCAUUCCAAUAUUGCAAGCCAUCGCUUGUUUCGCCCUCGUCUGAUUGAGUAUCUGAGACGUACUAAGUUGUCCCUCCACGAGAAAGAGUUGUCACUGUGUACCCGCUAUGACAGCCUCAUGGCCGACUGGGAGAGGAGGGUGGAGCGUAUGGAGGGAGGGGCAAAGAAGAAGGCACGUGAUCUUAAGAACAGAGAGUUGUUUGAGAAGACAUUCCCAGAGCUCAAGGCGAGGAGAGAGCAGCAGGAGAGGUUCACAAGGGUGGACCAGCGUGGGUUUGGUGUUGUGAGGAGUGAUGCUGAACUCCAUGAACUUAUGUACGAGCUGAGUAAUAAAGAGGCAGCCCCUGCUCGUUACCGGAGGACCCACGCGAUGAUACCCCCUAUGGUGCUAGAGGAGAGGGAGUCACGCUACUUCAGUACCAAUGGCCACGUGGAGGACGUUAUGGUUUUGCAUAGAGAGCUCAAGGUCACUAACAUCUGGACUGAGGAGGAGAAGAGCACCUUCAGAGAGAAGUUUGUGUACUACCCCAAGAACUUUGAGAUGAUUGCCAAGUUCCUCCCUAAGAAGAGCACUCCUGAGUGUAUCAAGUAUUACUACCUCUCCAAGAAGAGCGAGAACUUCAAACAACUCGUAAGGAAGGCUAAUCUCAAACGAAAGAAGGCGCUCAUGAAACCACCAGAGCUCUCUCUGUCCACCUCGUCCCUACCCACCACGCCUCUCUCUAACCGCCCUCCUUCACUACUACCGCCACCCAAGAGGGAGCCUUCUGUUGAGGAAACUAAACCAGAUUACGGUGACUGGACUGAAGACAAUAUUGCUUUUCUGAAGGAGGGCCUGAGGAAGUUUGGCCGAGCCUGGGGCAAGGUGUAUCGUGAGGUGGGCGGUAGCAAGACUGCCACCCAGUGUAAGAUGUUCUAUGAUGAAUACUGCAAGGACCUGAGCCUCGGACUACAAGAGUCACUCCUGGAGCACUCGAGAAUGAAGAAUGCUGAGAAGCUUCAUCGUAAGAGCCAGUCCCGUAAGCCACCCUCCUCUGACACCAAGAGGAAGGCUCUUCCCAAACCCUCCCCUAUGCAACACAGCGAAGGAGACUCUGAGAACACAGAAAGUGCGACUGAAUCUGACUCAAACGGUGGCGCCUCCGAGAGUGAAAGUACGAUCACUGACUCGGGACCUGAUGAUGUCAUCGCUGACCAACCACCGCCCAAGAGACCACGUGGGAGCAGGAAGUCACACCGAUCACUCAUGUCACCACCUGUGUCCGCUAAGACUUCCGAGGAUGUUGUUGAUUUGUUUCUAACAGCAGCGGAGGCACUAAAGAAUAAUAUAUCUCCGGACGUGGCUCUGCAUGACCACACCUACUCCCUACCCCCCAGCCAGCUUGUCAACAAUAUGGACCUUCAGGGCACCUCUGGACUGUCUCUGAUAGCGGCAGCUGCAGCCGUGGUAUCACCUAAUCUGUCUCGAAAUGCAGGCUCCAGCAAACAUGCCGUUGUGUCUCCUGUGAGGGCUCCGAGGGGACGCCCCCCUAACAAGUAUCGAGGGGGCGGCAGUAACUCAACCAUCAAACUAUCUCCCACCCUCCUCAGUCCAGCCGGAGGAUCAGCUGCUAACGUGCUAUUAUCUGAUAUUAAGAACACGGCGUUUCGAAAUCGAACGAGAUCAGCCCCAACUGAUCGGCCGAAGUCAUCGACCAUUCAUCUCCCGCGUUCUGGUUCCACUCUGGCGAGGAUGUCUCUAAGCAGCUCUACCGGACGUUCUAAGAAUAUGGUGUCAUCUGUGGCGUACAAAAGAGGUGAAACUCCCUCUCUCAAAUCCAUGAUAGCAUUGCAACCCUCACAAGGAGGUAACUCGGCGUUUGAGGCUCUAGUCAACGUGGCAGUGGCAGCGCCCCCAGCGGAACUACCAAAGACACCAGGUGUACUGACAGCUAGGAACAACAUGGCCCGGAAAUCAACAGCUGGUAGCCGUGGUUCAACCUCCACCCCCUCACCUGUGAACACUCUGUCUGGGAAACUAACACUCUCGAGAAGUAACUCAAACGAUAGUAAUAAUUCAUCACUCAACAGUGGUGCUACUGCUACUGCAUACAUCGAUGUGAGUCAGGCUAUCAAUAUUCUGGCCACUCUUGCCCAACAAAACCCCGGUGCAGUUUGUACCAGUCACACCAUCUCUGUGUAUCCUGGUCAGCCUCUUAUUGCUCAAGCUGGUGGAGCGUCGACUAUCAUUGGCAGUAUUGUCAGUCAAGGAGCGGCUAAACCACCGAUUAUUGGUACUAAUGCGACAAGCAUCUCUGCUACCUCUAAUCCAGCUAGUGUGUCUGCCACUGUCGAUACUCUUCUGAGUCAUUUAACAUCUGGAGUGGGCAAAGGUAGUCCACGAAAUACACCAUCACCCAAACCAGCCAAUAGAACUAAAAAAGUAACAAAAACUGAGUCUAUGAAGGCUACAUCCCCGGCUACUGAUGCUCCGGUGGUUAAUACAAACUCUGACGAUCUCUCUAAUCUGAAGCUACUCUCCUCUUUAGUUGCGGCUGUUGCAGCCACUCAAUCCUCUCCCUCUGUGUCCACAGCGCCUGUGGAUGUGUCUACUGUCAGCAUGCCAACUAUGGUUCAACCCACUCCUUCAACCCAAACUCAAAACUCCUCUUCCUUAAGUGAACACUCUCAUGUAUCUGAACACUUUAAUUCUAACAAUUGCACAUCUUCUGAACACCACAAUAACAAUGAUUCUGUAUCCUCUGAUGAUCUCCCACGCAGUGUUGUUCGUCCCAGUCCCUAUCCACCUACGUCACGACCCCCCCUUGAGCACAGACCCCCCGCAGUGAAAGCCUCAGACAUGACUGCCUCCCUGGCUUCCAUCAUCCCAUCGUACAAUCCCUCUAUAGGCCAACAAUCCUCUCUGCUCCUCUACACACGAUCUCGUAGCUUCCCACAGUCAGUGGACACUGUAGGAGAAGACGAAGACACUUUAGAGAGCGCCACACGAGGUAUUAGCGAACUAUCUAAACUACUGGGAACCGAGGGCAAUGGAGAGGGAGCCGAUUCAACUCUCGUAGCCAAGAAAAUACACGAUGUAGGGACUGGUGGCUAUUCCACUGAGUCUGGAGAAGCAGCCACUAAUGGAGCACCUCUAUCUUCCUUAGCACGGGUAGUGAUCAACGAAUUCCCUGAUCAAGAUCCGUCGCCGUCUAUCAAACUCAACUUGUCAAGUCUAUUGGAGUCUCGAGGAACCGUACAACAUCACACGUCAUCUGGUGGCCAUGGUAACAGUCUAAGUGGGGAAGCCCCCCUGAACAUUGACACACAGUCGAGGUAGUACCAACUUAAAAUCAUUUUUAAUCCCACCUCCUGUUGUCCGUCACCACACACCUCCGUAUACAUUGUCUUGUAUGCCACGCCUAUCCAUUCUAUAGACUCCUAAACAUUCAGUAAUUUUUGUACGAUCAUUAAUCUCACUUUUUGGCAUGUGCAGUCGCCACACCUUAUGUACAGUUGUCCUCUUCAUUUAUGGUUUGUGUGUUGUUGUUUCCCUGUUGUACAGUUUACAUGUGUUAUAACAAAUAACAAAAUAUCACUGAAAAAUGUAUCAUGGGAAUUUGCAUUGUACACAAGUUCACGUAUGAUUGACUAUAAUUAUAUAUAGUUAGGCAGCUGUAUUCAUGCAUGAAGAGAGUUCUUUAAAUUAAAUUAGGCGUAUACUUUCUUGGCUGAUAUAAAGAACGAGCUUAUCAUCAUGAAGAUCCA